AUGGCGGGACUGAUUGGCAGCAGCCACAGUGCGUCUAUUGUCGAAUUACAGCCAGCUGAAUAUUAUUCGAAAAAUAAGGCAACCAUCACCAACUUUGAACCCUCUUUCGUACAUCGAGGACAAUUCCGCACAAUUCCAUUACGUGCGGAGGCAUUUUGCAGCGUUACCAAUUCCCGAUGCCUGACAGGAACGGAGGUUAGGACGAAUGAGGAGGAGUCACACCACUGGCGACAUCGAAGCUUUAACCCCUCAAGUAACCCCCAGCGACGUUCGGCAACAGCAGUGACCACAAGCGGAGAUCUGGGUCGUACUGCUGCUCUAGGCGGAAUAUGCUGUUCUGGAACCCUGAAAGUGGCUGAAAAAUUAAUGGGAUGA